UCUUGUGUACUUGAUGUAAAGAGCAGACAAGUGUCUACGUGCAUUGGUGAGGGAGAAAUGGAGGUCUUACAGAAACCACUCUUAUUCUUUUUCAUCCUUGUAUUGUUUGCCAGCAUCUGCACCUCACACCAACCAAUGUUUGAGAGUCUACGCUUCGAAAUAGACGCAUUUUCUGAAAGAAUGAAAGGUGCGUUUGAGAAGUUCGCUGAAGGUUUGGAUUAUUUCAAUUCGAAACUGGAGUAUAUCAACAGCGGCUUGAACACUACCCUGGACCGGCUACAAGAGAAAUCAGGCGAGAUUGAAGAUAAACUAAACACUGGUCUCAAUAUUUCCCACGCUCAAGUCGAAGAAGCGGAGCGACUUUCUGAAAUUCGUUUCCAAAGACUAGAGAGUGAAAUGCACGGUAUGCAGAAUGACGCCGCCUCGGUACACGCAGGGAUAACCAUAACACAAGAGACAAAUGACGCACUUGUAAAAGCAAUUGGAGAAAUAAAACGGGAUUACGAAGAUUUCAAGAGGAGGACAUCCACAUUAUGGAAUGUUCAGGCCAGCGUGAUGUCAGUCUUGGAACAGGUUGACAUCAACAAGGAGGAACUGUCAAUUAAGAUCACCAACAUGUCCGAAGAUCUGACAGGUGUUGUCAAGUAUGCUGUGCGUCCUCUCCAUUCAUCCAUGUUAAGCGUUGUCGAAGAAAUGUCAAUAAUCGAAAAGAAACUCGAUUCCAUAGGUGUCCAAAAUGAUUGCCCCCAACACUGGAAGAGGUUUCAAACUUCGUGUUAUCUUCAUGUGCCUGAACCUUCAUCGUGGAAAAUAGCGAAGUUUAUGUGUAAACAGACGGGAGCUUUCCUGGUUGAAAUCUAUUCCCAAGAAGAGGCUGAGUUUGUGUCAAGCAUAUUUGGAAACGAAACAAAUAAGAUCUGGACCGGCGCCAAAAUUGGACGUAAGGGGACGUGGUUUUGGGAAGGAAGUAAAAGCGAAGUGCCCUUUGAUGAAUUCGGAGGUGGCUUCCUGAGCGGGCGAGGCAGGAAGUACUGUGGUGUUUUCCUGCCUGACACGCGUGUCCUUGAUGACGAAACUGUGGACGGAACCAUGGAUUUGUUUGUAGAAUGUUCAAAAUGA